AUGUGCAAGCUCAAUUUUUUUCCUAGUGAAACCUCUAUUCGGAACUUGUGUGUUUUCAAAGAUGUGAACGGAAUUAUCAGAGUUAAAACUCGAAUUACUGAACGCAUAGAUAAGCCUUUCUUCAUUUCACCUAUUCUUCUUCCUGAUAAAUGUAUCUUUACUCAAAGACUGAUUGAAUAUUUUCACCGAGAAAACUGUCAUGCUGGAACCCAGAUAUUACUAAGCAUAUUGCGUGAAAAGUACUGGAUUACAAGAGGAAGAAGAGCGAUACGUAGUGUUCUGAAGGACUGUAUUAAAUGUCGACGAUACAAAACUAAAUCUCUCAUCACUGAACCAGUUUCCUUACCUGCUGAUAGAGUGGAAAAUGCAGCAGCUUUCGAAGUAGUUGGUAUUGACUUGGCUGGUCCCCUAUUUGUAAAACGUGGGGACAAAGUAUGGAUGGUUCUCUACACGUGUGCUCUUUAUAGAGCAAUUCAUUUAGAGUUAAUAACAUCGCUUUCCACUGAUGCUUUUCUGUUAUCAUUUAGACGUUUUGUUGCUAGAAGAGGAAGACCUAGAGUGGUUUAUACAGACAACGGUACAAACUUUAGGGGAGCUUAUAAUAAUUUGUUAGAAAUUGAUUGGAGUAAAGUAACUCGACAAACAGAAAUACAGAAGAUCGAAUGGAAAUUCAUCCCCCCCCCACACUGCUGCCUGGUGGGGCGGAUGGUGGGAAAGACUUGUUCGAGUAGUCAAAGAACUCCUUAG